AUGGCGCAUACCAACUGGCCUGUAUUUGAGCACGAUGGCUGUUAUUUUGCCGACAGCGUCCAUGACAUGGAUGCAGUGAAAGAGAGACGAAUCGACCGAUGGGAUAUUCGAGAUGAUGACAUCAUCAUACAAACGUUUCCCAAAUCAGGCACGCUAUGGAUGUUGCACGCCGUGUCACAGAUGUACGACAACCUCAAUUGGAAGCUGAAACCAGUAGACCGAGUUGCACGGCCCGGGGUUUGGUUUGAGAAAACAGACUCAGUCCCAGGUUUAUAUGGCAGUAUGGUGAGGGCAGUGAAGAGCACAUUUCAUGAAAUGCAGUCACCUCGUUUGAUGAUUUGUCACGUACCCGCGCAGUUUUUCCAUACAUCGUGGAGGAACGGCAACAGAAAAUGCAAAAUAAUCCAUGUAACAAGAAAUCCCAAAGAUGUAUGUGUGUCAUCCUUCAAGUUUUUCAAAACGCUUCAAUUCGUCAAGAUGCAUCUGACCUGGGAGGAGUGGGUCAAGGCAUUCGUUGAAGGACAGGUAUUGUUCGGACCAUGGUUAGAUGCGAUGAGGGCUUCACAUGCGGAUGUACAAAAAAUGGCUGUUCGGGAUGAAGGAACAUGGCACGAAAACACGAAGUAUCUACGCAAAGGCGAGGUCGGUGACUGGAAAAAUCAUUUCACCGUGGCACAAAACGAAUAUUUUGACAAGAAUAUUACAGCAGAAGCAAAGAAGCGUGGACUAAAAUUGCAAUAUGAGUGA